AUGGCAGGAGCGGCCUCUGCUCUGUUUCUCCUCGAUAUCAAGGGUCGCGUUCUCGUCUGGCGCGACUACCGCGGCGAUGUCUCCGCCGCUCAAGCCGAGCGUUUCUUCACUAAGCUAAUCGAAAAAGAGGGUGAUUCACAGUCAAAUGAUCCAGUUGCUUACGAUAAUGGUGUUACGUACAUGUUUGUGCAACAUAGUAACGUUUACCUGAUGAUAGCAUCCAGACAGAAUUGUAAUGCUGCCAGUCUUAUCUUCUUCCUUCACCGCGUAAUCGAUGUCUUCAAGCAUUACUUCGAGGAGUUAGAGGAGGAAUCACUGAGGGAUAACUUUGUUGUUGUGUAUGAGUUGCUUGACGAGAUGAUGGACUUUGGAUACCCUCAGUAUACUGAAGCGAGAAUCCUCAGUGAAUUCAUCAAGACUGAUGCAUAUAGAAUGGAAGUUACGCAGAGACCUCCAAUGGCUGUGACAAAUGCUGUGUCCUGGAGGAGUGAGGGAAUACAGUACAAGAAGAACGAAGUUUUCUUGGAUGUAAUUGAGAAUGUAAAUAUUCUUGUCAACAGUAAUGGCCAAAUUGUGAGGUCUGAUGUUGUUGGAGCACUGAAGAUGCGAACUUACUUAACUGGAAUGCCAGAGUGUAAGUUAGGACUGAAUGAUAGAGUAUUGCUGGAAGCGCAAGGACGUGCAACAAAAGGAAAAGCCAUUGAUUUAGAGGACAUCAAGUUUCAUCAGUGUGUUCGAUUAGCCCGUUUUGAAAACGACCGGACGAUAUCUUUCAUACCUCCUGAUGGUGCUUUUGAUCUGAUGACAUAUAGACUCAGUACUCAGGUAAAGCCUCUUAUAUGGGUUGAAGCGCAAAUAGAAAGACACUCAAGAAGUCGUGUCGAGAUGCUUGUAAAAGCCAGAAGUCAGUUCAAGGAACGAAGCACCGCAACGAACGUUGAGAUUGAGCUGCCUGUACCAACUGAUGCAUCUAACCCCACCGUUAGAACAUCUCUAGGGUCUGCUGCUUAUGCUCCUGAGAAAGAUGCAUUAGUUUGGAAAAUCAAAUCUUUCCCUGGUAACAAGGAGUACAUGUUGAGAGCAGAGUUCCAUCUUCCGAGUAUAACUGCAGAAGAAGCAACACCAGAGCGAAAAGCUCCUAUUCGUGUCAAAUUCGAGAUCCCUUAUUUCACUGUUUCAGGGAUUCAGGUUCGGUACCUGAAGAUAAUCGAGAAGAGUGGGUACCAAGCACUACCAUGGGUGAGAUACAUAACCAUGGCUGGUGAAUACGAACUAAGACUCGUGUAA